AUGUCCCCCACUUUUCUCUCAGGUGGGCCUCCAAAAGCAAGAAAAUCCAGCUCCCCCCUCCCCCCCGCCAUGGCCCCACCACUCUCCUCUCCUUCCAAGCCGCCGUGCGGUGGCUCCCGCUUCUGGUCAUCGGCGCUGAGGACGAAGCCGGUUGCCUCCGCUGGGGCCGCCGUCGCCGCCUCUGGAGAGGGCCUCGUCCGGCGGUUGGGGCUACUCGAUCUCAUCCUGAUCGGCGUCGGCGCGUCCAUCGGCGCCGGAAUAUUCGUUGUCACAGGCACCGUCGCUCAUGACGCCGGCCCCGGAGUCACGAUUAGCUUCGUCAUUUCUGGUGCAUCUUGUGUACUGAACGCUCUCUGUUAUGCUGAAUUAUCUUCUCGUUUUCCGGCCGUGGUUGGGGGAGCUUACCUCUACACCUACUCUGCUUUCAAUGAGCUCACUGCUUUUCUGGUGUUUACCCAGUUGAUGCUCGACUACCACAUCGGUGCGGCCAGCAUAGCACGUAGCUUGGCGGGCUACUUGAUUAAUGUGCUGGAGCUGAUUCCUGCUCUCAAGGGCGUCUUUCCUAACUGGAUCGGGCACGGCGAACAAGUACUGGGGCCAUUAUCUAUUAACAUAUUAGCUCCCAUUAUUUUAAUUAUUCUGACUCUGGUCCUAUGCCGAGGAGUAGGAGCAUCUUCAAUAUUGAAUGCGAUCAUGACUGUGACAAAGGUUCUCAUCGUUCUAUUUGUCAUAAUUGCUGGGGCCUUUGAGGUGGAUGUCUCAAAUUGGUCUCCAUUCGCCCCACAUGGUUUUAAGUCAAUAUUGACUGGAGCAACAGUGGUCUUUUUUGCAUAUGUAGGAUUCGAUGCCGUAGCUAAUUCUGCUGAAGAAUCCAAGAGACCACAGAGGGACUUGCCACUAGGCAUAAUAGGUAGUCUCAUGGCCUGUGUUGUACUGUAUGUGGGGGUCUGCUUAGUGAUUACUGGAAUGCUCCCGUAUAAUAUGAUUGGAGAAGAAGCACCUCUGGCUAAAGCUUUCACCUCCAAGGGCAUGAAAUACGUCUCGGUGCUGAUCAGCUUUGGUGCUGUUGCUGGACUCACCACGACGCUCCUAGUGGGACUUUAUGUUCAGUCUCGGUUAUAUCUCGGGCUUGGAAGGGACGGGUUAUUACCAGCUUUAUUCGCCAAAGUGCACCCAACACGUCAUACCCCGAUUCAUUCCCAAGUGUGGGUUGGUCUUAUUGCCAGCAUCUUGGCGACUUUUCUUAACGUUCGCGUGCUUUCCCAUAUUCUGUCUGUUGGAUCCUUGACGGGGUAUUCAGUUGUUUCAGCUUGUGUCGUGAGCAUGAGGUGGAAAGAUAAGACGGGUCAGUUUUCUGCUCGUUGGAUAUCAAACCGGGUGGAAGGCAUCAUUUGCCUCCUUCUGGUUGCUGGUUGCGGUUUUGCAGCUGGUGCCAUCUUUCGUUUUGGAUCUACGUAUUUUUUCAUGAUUGUACCGGCUGUGCUUGCAAUCAUUUUUGCUGCGGCUCUUCAUUUACGACAAGUUCAUAUUGAUCCGCCCGGUUUUUCUUGUCCUGGAGUUCCAAUAAUUCCAGCACUUAGCAUUUUCGUCAAUAUUUUCUUGGUCGCUCAGCUCCACUAUGAAGCCUGGGUGAGAUUUGUAGUCCUCAGCAUUGUGGCACUUGCUGUUUAUGCAUUCUAUGGCCAGUUUCAUGCAAAUCCUGGGUCGGCCGAGGAUGAAGUUCAAGUCUGA